UUUACUGUGACUGCUAGGGUUUUGGGAGUUACUUCGUUAAGUUUUUUUCUUUAGGGUUUUAGACUUUCAGCCUACCAUAUACAACUCCCUCCGUCAACAAAAAAAAAGCAGAAUCAUCUCAGGAUUUUCAUCCCAAAUUCUCACAAUUUCACCAAUUUCCUCAAUUUUCAUACAGGUAACAUAAAGCUUCAACCUUUUCAUAUUGAAUUUUUGUUAAAGUUUCAACCUUUUUGUUAAUCUGACUGCAAAUUUGGAUAAAUCUUGUUUGGAGAAAUUUGUGAAAAGAAAUGAGUGUUCCAGUACCUCAGACAGAAUUUUACCCACAACCCUUUACAAUUGGUAGUGAUGGUAAUGCAAUAUUCUGGCCUCAAGUUCCAAUUGAGAAUGAACAAUCUGUAAAUUUCUCUGAAUUUCCACCUUUCAAGAAACCUAGAACCUUUGAAGAAACCCCACCUCCUUUGAAUUCAUUCCAAAAUCAGGGUAUGAAUCAACAAAGGAUGAUGAUGAUGAUGCCACUUCCUCAGACCAUACCUCAAAACAAAGGAAUGGGAAAGCUUUUCUUUAAGACCCGUUUAUGUGCAAAGUUUAAAGCAGGUGAAUGCCCUUAUGGAGAUAACUGCAAUUUUGCGCAUGGGGUUGAAGAUAUUCGUAAGCCGCCUCCGAAUUGGCAAGAAAUUGUUGCAUCCCAUGAAGAAGGUCGAGCAACGGGUAAUUGGGAAGAGGAUCAGAAAUUGAUUACUAGAUUCAAGCUUUGCAAGAAGUAUUGUAAUGGGGAAGAAUGUCCAUAUGGAGAUAAGUGUAACUUUCUUCAUAGAGAUGUUGGAAAGUGUAGAGAAGAUUCCUCGAGGGUUAGAGAAAGUUCUGCUAUAAGCAUUGGUACUACAGGGUCUAUAGGGUAUAGUGUAGGUGCAGGUAGGCCUGAUCAACCAGAUGUUAAUGGAGGAGUAAUGAAUUCUAUUUCAGAUGUUAACUGGGGGAUCAAACAACAACAUGUUUAUUUCAAGACUAGGAUCUGCCAAAAGUGGGAACAAAACGAUUGCCCUUAUGGCGAUAAAUGCCAUUUUGCUCAUGGAGUAGCAGAACUGUACAAGUAUGGAGGCCAUAACGAAGUGGAAACGGGGAGCACAACCAUAGACUUGGCGAAGUUUAUACCUGAUACCAACGAUGCAACAACUCCAGGAAGUAAUACAGCAGUCAUCUCAUCUAAAAAUCAAGUGGUUUUGGCUAAGAAGUGUUUACUGAAUUGGGACAGAAAGAAGCUAAGUCGCAUCUACGCCGACUGGAUUGAACCACGUUCACCUACCAAUGUUGAGAGCUAAGCUUUACCUGCCAGUCUCAUUGAUUUGUGUUUGUUUGUUUUCUGAGUUCAAAGAUUGGUGAUUGAUUGAGGUUCCAUACAGUUUGUUUCUCUUUUUUGUUUCUGCAAUUAUACAAGUCUAGAAAUUCUUAGUGCAGUUUAGAAUAAGCUGGAUAUUUUUAAACCAGGUAUGUUAUGUUAGUUACCAUGGUGUUGAUACGCCGAAAUCCAAAAUGUAUAAGGGAAAUGACAAUGACUGAGUUGCGAGGUUUUGGAGAUUUUGAUAAAGGAAAUCAUUUGC